AUGAGACAUAAAGUUAGAUUAGAAUUUUCUUCAACUAACGCUGAUACACGUAAUCUUACUGUAACAGAAACAAGUGACAUUUCUGGUCAUCUGUCUGAUGGUGACAAUACUGAGUCAGAGUAUGAUGAGGAGGAAUCACUAUCAACGGAUACAAAAAAAACAGUUAAUACGGAUGCAGUUAAACAAACUUCCAGUGAUUUACCGAAUCGACCAAUAAGUAAAGAGAUGAUGAGAAAUAAAGGAAUCGUAAAAUAUCGUCAUAAAAGAGAACGUAAUCCCAGAGUUCAUCUACGUCCUAAAUUCCGUAAGGCUACAAUUCGUUAUCGGUCACGUGUUGCACCUGUUCGUAAAGAGGAAAAACCAUAUGGCGGAGAGUUAAAGGGAAUACGUGUAAAUUUAGUCAAAUCACAUAAAUUUAAAAAAUAUUAG